CUCUGGAGAUGAUUAACCAAUCAACAUUUGAGUGUGUAGAAAAUUUAAUACCCUCCACAAUGUGUAUUUUAUCAGUGGGUCACUGGAGUGUAAGAUCUAAACAGAGCUACAGCUGCUGAAUUCAGGUAGAAAGCAGCUUAAAUAUGGUGCUUUAGCUAAUGGAAAAUAAUUAAAACGUUGAUGCUUACCUACAUCAACGAAACUGAGCACAUUAAGGAUGACAAUACAAUGAGAAUAUCAAUAUCUAAUUUUAGACUUGUAAUAGUAGUUGCCCUCUCCUUGUACACUUUAACUAUCGCCAUCAUAUUCUGGGGAUUUCAGGACAAAUCAUCAUGGUUUCCAAAGAGAUUCAGGAAAUCACAUCUUAGUGAAAUUCAAGUUUUAGUCGAUGAUGACGAAGAGGAAAUGUAUGAAUACGUAAAUAAAGAGGAAAAUCCCACCAUUGAAAGUGACGCUGAACAGCGAGAUACAACAUUCAUCAAAUUAGGAAAUUUAUUCAUCUUUUCUGCAUAUUUUGACAACAGACCGAAUAUUAGGCCAAAAAUCAGAAUAAUGACAAUAAAACAAUCCAAUUCUUCACAAAAUAUUGGUUGUGCAUUUAAAUUUCAAAAUCAUUGGAUACGUGUUUAUGCAGAAAGACAUGAAAUGUGUGAGAAUCAUGGGAGAUUUUAUGGAGGCUGGAUGUAUUUCUGUGAUGUUCCUGAACAAUUUAUAGAUAUAAAUUCCAAUGCUCUUUCCACAUCAGAUAUACGUUUAUUUGAAAGCAAUAAUUUGGAAACGUUAGUUCCAAUCAACAUCACAUCACAUACUUACCAGGACAGUUCAAAGUUCAAAUUAUUAGGUCAAUUUACUGACACAAUUGGAGUGUGUAUUCCUCCUUUAUUUGGGGAAAUAAAUUUACCGAUGCUUUUACAGUUUAUAGAAUUAGGCAAAAUACAAGGGAUCACUCAUUUUACUUUUUAUUUACAUAAAAUUGCUGAUUCCAUUAGAAAAAUUCUAGAUCAUUAUCAGGAGAAAGGGGAUAUUACACUUGUUGAGUGGAUUCUACCUUCAGUUAUUUCAUCAAGAGAGAUAUGGUACCAUGGACAAAUGUUGACCAUACAAGACUGUCUUUAUCGUAACAUGGCAAGAAUUAAAUAUCUAGGAUUCUUAGAUUUAGAUGAAUUUAUCAUUCCAUUAGAAUAUUUCAAACUGACAGAGCUUCUUGACAGCUAUGCAAAGAAACUUCCAACCAUUUCAAACAUAUCAGGAUUUUCAUUCCAAAGUGCCUUCUUUGAUCCCAAACAACUUCCCGAUCCAUCACAGCAACUGAAGGUCCUUCAGCUUCAGAGGCGCAACAGUAAACUUAGCAAAGUCAGAACCAAAUUGUUAACAGUUCCUCAAAAUGUGUUUGAAUUAGGAAUCCAUCAUGUAAGCAAACCUAUUGAUGAAUCUAAACAAGUGCUAUAUGUUGAUCCAGAUGUAGCUAAAAUUCAUCAUUACCGAGCAUGUAUUAUAAACUUUGAACCAGAUAUGACGUGUUUUAAAGACAUGAGAGAUGAUACAAUUCUAAAGUACUCUGAUGAACUGAUACAGAAUUAUAAGGAUGCAGUUAAAAAUACCAUGCAUUUAUUUGCUCCUGAAAAAGAACUUCAUAAAUUUUCUGCAAAAUAAAUUGUUAAAUAUUU